AUGGACACUCGCCGGGACAAUAUCGAACGCGCCGCGGAGGGAACAUGUGCUUGGCUAACAGAGCAUGUCGAGUUCCAAAAAUGGUUUACCGAAAACUGUGGUCUACUUUGGGUGACCGGAAAACCUGGAGCUGGCAAAUCUGUCCUCAUGGAUAAGUUAGUGACCACUGUCAGCAAGAGGACGGACGACACGGUCAUUGUAGCAUCGUUUUUCGUCCAUGGACGUGGUACACAAAUGCAGCGGUCACCCAUCGGGCUGUACCGCUCUAUCUUGCACCAGAUAUUGGCCCAGUCUGAGAUCCUCAGAACCCAACUAACCGAGCUUUAUCUACUAAAGCUAGAAACUCAAGGAGAGUGUGGAAAGUCUUGGAACUGGCAUGAGAAAGAGUUGUACGAUUUUCUUGACUCUCGAGUCAAGGAGUUCACCUCGAAAACAAUCACCAUCUUCAUUGAUGGUUUGGAUGAGUUUGGCGAAGAGAUGGCGAGGAAGCUUUCGAAAGAGCUCUGGAGCCUGACGAAACCCGGCCGUGGAGUUUUCUCAGCAAUCAGGUUGUGUAUAGCCUGCCGUCACUAUCCUGUCAUGGACUUCUUUGGUUCACCACAGAUCUGUGUCGAAAAUCAGAAUUCAGAGGAUAUCUCCAAAUUUGUUCAAGCCACUCUCGCAACAGUCUUCACCGAAACAAACGCCCAAACUCAUAUCGAGACUGAAAUUUUGCACAAGGCUGCGGGUAACUUCCUCUGGACAUCACUUAUUCUUCCACAGAUUGCACGCAAGGGACUGAGUGGAUACGGCCUCGAGACACUUCGAAAAGAAAUUCAAAAUAGCUCUCCCGAGCUCCGGCAGAUCUAUAAGGAAGCAGUGGAUAAAAUCCCCAAUUCUGAUAAGAUAUAUGCCUUGCACCUCUUCCAGUGGGUUUGCCUUGCGGAGGAGCCUCUGUCUCCAGUCCAAAUGCGGUAUGUCCUAUCGUUUGAUGCUUCGGCGCCCGCGAAAGAUCUUGUGGCUUGGGCAGCGUCAGAAAACUAUGUUGGCACAGAUGAGCAACUCUUGAAAUUGAUUAAAGCGCUGUCAGGUGGUUUGGUUGAGAUCACUGGAGGUGCCGAUAUGCAGACUGCCACUAUUCAAUGUAUCCAUCAGUCUGUCAAGGACUACUUCCUACAACAAGGUCUACAAGACUUGGAGCAAUCUAUGGGACAAGAACAAUCCAAGCUUGGGUCAGAGUUUAGUCUCGCACGAGCUCAUGAACUCAUGUUCAAGUGUUGCAUGCAUUACAUUCUUACCAAGGAAAUCAUCCAGCUUGCCGCCUACGAGGCAAGAGAGAAAAAGGCUGCAUACCCCCUUCUUCAAUACGCUGUCACUAGAUGGCCAUCACACUUGAAAAAGGGCGAUCUUGACGGCACCCUGGAGAAGAGUCUAUUGAAAUACUUUCAAUGGCCUAGCACAAUCCGUUUACACAAGUGGCUUCAACUAUGUUCACUAGAUGCUCGGGCUUGCGGACUUCAAGAAGGAGCACAUAUGUUGCAUGUCGCAGGCUAUUAUGGAUACUCUCACCUCAUUGAUGCACUUGUUGCUCACAGGACUUACAAAAAUAGCAAUCCAGAUGACCGGGAAUGCCGCACUCCACUCAUUUAUGCGGCAGCUAACGGACAUGUUGAUGCCGCAAAAUCGCUUAUCCGCCAGGGAGCAAACGUCAAUUCCAUAGACAAUCAGCGACUAACACCAUUGUGGUGGGCUGCAACCGGAGCACAUCUCGAAUUGAUGGAAGUCCUUAUUGAACACAAAGCAGAUCUGGACAUUCAAGAUAUUUGGGGUCGUACGGUUUUGCUAUGCGUUGCAGCUAAUCUGAAUGAAGAUGCAGUGGAUACUCUGCUAUUCAAUGGAGCUGAUCCUAGUCUUCAGGAUGAUAUGGGCCGAUCACCACUGUACAGAACACUCUAUAAUCUUUUCGGAGAGGAUCCCAAGGAGGCCGCUGCUGCCAGCAGUAUUGUCGAGAAGUUGCUCGAGCAUGGUGCACAGCCAAGCAAGAAGAUGUCGGAGGACGACACCAUGCUGCGAUUUGCGAUACAGCAAGACUUGCAUACCAUUCUCGAUCUCACUUUGCAACUUGAUCAAUUUGUAAACGACAUCGGACGACGAACAUUAGCUUUCUUACACGCUUUGUAUAUAUGGAACCUCCCAGUCGCCAUCAAAAUUAUGAAAACAGGAAUCAGCGAACAGAAAUUCAUUGACACUACCGGCUACACUCUCAUUAACUACACUCUCUUAAUCAACUGCCAGACUAUUACAGAGGCACUAAUUGAAGAGAAGGCCUGCGAUCCGAACGGGCGAGGGCUACUGGGGAUCACACCACUAAUUGCAACUACACAAUUGGGACUUAUCGAGAUGAUGAGAUCUUUGAUUCAAAUAGGGGCCUUGGUGGACAAGGCCGACUCGGAUGGCAGAACGCCUCUUUCAUAUGCGGCAGAACUUGGCCAGAUAAAUGCUGCCCGAUUACUGCUUGAAUAUCGUGCCAACUUGAACAUCAAGGACAACACGGGAAAGACUCCAUUGAUGUGGGCAGCCGAGUACAAAUCUCCGCUUAUGGUCGACCUACUCCUCUCGCAUGGCGCGGAUUCCCGACAGUUAGACAACUUGAAGCGGUCGGCACUAUUUUGGGCGGCGAAAGGUGGCAGUGACAGUGUAAUCCGAUCAUUAAUCCAAACUGGCCUGAACCCGGAGCACCGGUGCGUACUUGGUAAAACAGCACUCUCCUGGGCUAUUAUGCAUCAUCAGCUAGAUGCCGCAAAGAUUUUGAUUGAUACUGGCGGAGUUCUUGAUGCCGUUGAUGCCACAGGGCAGAGUCCACUCUUGUGGGCCGUUGCUGCCGAUUACUUUGCCGAAGUCGAACUACUUCUCGAACAGGGUGCAAAUGUCGAAAUCAAAGACAAUAAGCAUCAGACCGCACUACUAAUCGCUGCCAACAAGGGCCAUACCAACGUUAUGAGGAUUCUUCGAAAGUAUGGAGCCGAUCCCGACGUACGGGACACUGAAGGUUUCACUCCAUUGUUGAUUGCUAUCAGGAAUGGUUUAACUGAUGCCAUCGAGAGUCUUUGCAGCGCCAGUCAAUUGGAUGCCAAGGAUCCCACUGGGCGCACAGCUCUUUUGUAUGCUGUGAUGACUGGAAACGAAGCGGUGGCCAAGUGUUUAUUGAAUAAUGGAGCGGCUGCUGAUGAUAAAAGCUAUCAAGGAAGAAGCGCACUUUCCUUCGCAAGUCAGUAUGGCUACGAAGGCUUAGUAAAAUUGCUGGUGGAUCAUGGUGUCAACAUCAACGGCCAAGAUAACAGCGGCCGCACUGCGCUCUGGUGGGCUGCUGCUUAUGGCAGGGACGAAGUCUUGAAGCUGUUGCUCGAGAAAGGCGCCGAUGUUACAAUUCCCAGCAAUUCCGGUGAUUCUCCAUUGACAAAAGCUGUUAGUGGUGGCAAUACGAACACGGCAUCUUUCCUCCUGAGGCACGGAUCUACAGUAAAUCUCUCGGACGUGGAACUGAGCUCUUCACUUUUUGGAUUGGCGACAGACAACGGCGAUGCUAAGAUGGUCACGAUGUUGAUUGACGAAAGCCUUAAUUGCUCCUCGGUAGUUUUGCCUACUGGUCGAACGCUUCUAGCAUGGGCUGUUAGAUACGGCUUUCUUGAGGUUGUUAUGGCUUUGGCUAAACACGGAAUUGAUCUCGAGGCUCCUUGUGACGAUCAAGGUCUGACCGCCAUUGACAUGGCAUUCGAACGUGGCCACAAGAACAUUAUAAAUUACCUCCUAGGACUAUGA